AAGUUUAUCGCCAUGCAGUAUCCAUAUUGUGUGCUAUGUUUGUUUUGGAAGUGGAAUAUUCUACCUUUUGGAGCGAAAUGAAUCUUUGAGGCAAGCUGCUGAUUUUGAAGAACAUUAUAAUGAAACGAUGACGCGUAUUCUUGUUCGCUCCAUCUCCAACAUUUCUGAUAUUCAACUCAUAAUGGCAGAGAUUCGAAUAACAUUUUUUCAAGAAAGCUUUCCAGUAGAAUGGGAUUUUCUUGGUGGAGUAAAUAUUUCAGUUCAAGCUAUUACCACAAUCGGAUAUGGGAAUACCGUUCCAAGAACAACCGGAGGCAGAAUGUUCCUCAUCGUUUACGCCACGGUUGGCAUUCCACUUAUGGCAAUGAUGCUAACGACCUUCGGAGAUAGAUUGAGAUACAUAAUCAGAUCAUGUAUUUUAUCUUUUGAACGAAAAGCGCUCAAGAUAACUCGACCUCAAAAUAUCCAGAAAAAGUCUCUGAUUGCAGUAUUUGUAAUAACUAUACUUUUCUUAUGCCUGAUAUCUGCAAUCAGUGGAAUUAUUCAAGAUUGGAACUUCUCUCUAGCCUUGUACGUUUGGUUUGUUACUUUUACGACAAUUGGUUUUGGCGAUUAUGUGCCAAAAGGCACAAAUAAAUUACAAGCUAUUGGAAUAGUAUUUGCAUUAAUUUCGUUUACCCUGGGUCUGACAUUAAUUGCCACAAUUCUUCACGCUUUAUCUGAUUGGGUGAACACCAAGAAACCACCUACGAAGGAAAGUCUUAAACGAUCACUAGGACGUUUAACUAAAAGGAAGAAUCUUAAGUCGUCUUCACACCAAAAGGAAGAAUCUUUCACAGAUUUAUCUGAAGUAAAGCAAGAAAAAACGACGAUUGAGGCGGAAAUUACUUGAGUGGCUCAAGGCUGUAUCCUGCGUCUAAUGAACCCGACAUCAGUCAGAACAGAUCAGCGGUCUGGUAUACAUUUCCUAGUGUUUAGUAUAUUUCAAACUAAGUCGGCAGAGAAUCGAUGGACAUAAAGGCUAUCGUUAUAUUCUUAAUUGAUGCAAUAGAAACAAGUUAGUGUCGCCUAACUAUAGUAAACAUAGUGAUCCGUGAUCUGUGAUCGGUAUUUAAAUAUACUUUUCCCAGCAUUCCAUCUGUCCAUCAUUUCCAUGGAAACAAAGAGGAGCUAACGAUUAGAUGAUAUGAAACGAAAGAAAAAUCACGACACAAUGGAUCUUAUAAAUAGCAUCGGAUGCUUUUGCUUUAGUUGCAACAUUUGCCCAGACAAUAUACAGUUAUAAAGUUAGUACUUUGAUAACUGUGAACCGGCUCAAAAUUGAGAGCUUUGCAUCAAUUAUGAUUAGACUGGAGCUUGUUUAGAUUAAUGAUUGUUAUAGAUUGUAUUCGUUGGCGUCUUUUUGAAGUGAGACGUGCAUAGAGAUGUGAACAUUAAUCUCAGGUUCGAAUUUUUCAGCUUCGCAAAUAACUGAAUAUUAGUACUUGCACUAGGUGGUAUUAGGACAAAAAAAAUAAAGCCAUUUCGCAAGAAAAAUGAAUGAUAGUACUUUCCAGGUUUGACAGACAAUUAGGAUUGUUGAAAUCGCUCAAGGAAAUAAUAAUAUACGUCGAAUAUAAGCCACAUUGAGUUUUGUGUACAAUAUUGUGUACGAGUCAAAGUGAUUGUGAAAUCUGUGUACAAAUGCUGUACACCAUCGUGAGUAGAUAUUUACAUAUAGCUGCCGACCAGUCCUGGAUGGCUGGAUAGUCCUUUUCAGUGCACUAAUGUCUAGUGCGUUUCGCAUAGACUCGAUAUAUGGAACUGGGCUAUAUAUAAAUGAAAACCAUUUCCUGAUUUGUCUCAUGCAACUAUAGUUACAACACCUAUAUAGGUAUUGCACAAUCUAAACGAAAUAUAAUGAAACUGACUGAUCAAACAACGAUGGACAAGCAGAUAGAGUAUUAAGCAAACAAAAAUAAUUGCAUGUUAUACUAAAAUACUAAGCGGUACCAAUGGAAAGAUUUGCUACUUAAAAA